GCUUGAAGUCAAUUAAGCGGCUAAACUUUUUUCAAAAAAUCAAACGUGAUUACAUCAGAUCUGUAAUCGUAUUGGAGUAUUUUUCUUUUCAAUUUAUUCAUUGUUCCAGAUAUUUUUUCUUUCAUUAACAUGGGUUUUGGUGCACCCAGAGGUGGGGGAUUUCGUGGUAGUGGGAGGGGAGGAAGUCGUGGAGGAUUCGGUGGGAAUCGUGGCGGUGGCAAAUUUGGAGGUACACCCAAUGGAAACAAGUUCGGAGGUAAUCGUGGUGGCGGAAGGUUUGGUGAUCGAGGAGGAGGACGUGGAGGUUUUGGAAAAAGUCCCGGUCGAGGGGGUGGUGGUGGUGGUCGCGGUGGAUUUGGCCAGCGGGGCGGAAGAGGUGGUGGUCGUGGUGGCGGCCGUGGCGCUCCUGGUGGCAUGAAAGGUGGCAGAAAAGCAAUCAUUGAGCCUCAUCAACGGUUAGCAGGCAUUUUUGUUGCUCGUGGCAAAGAAGACGCUUUGGUCACUAAAAAUUUAGUUCCCGGAGAAUCGGUAUAUGGCGAAAAACGAAUAUCGGUCGACGUAGAAAAUGGACAAAAAAUCGAAUACCGUGUAUGGAAUCCAUUCCGUUCGAAAUUGGGUGCAUCGAUUUUGGGCGGCGUCGAAGACAUCCAUAUAAAGCCUGGUUCUAAAGUGCUUUACUUAGGCGCUGCAUCUGGUACUACCGUAUCGCACGUAUCCGAUAUUGUUGGACCAGAAGGUCGAGUUUAUGCUGUAGAAUUUUCACAUCGCUCUGGACGUGACUUAUUGACUGUGGCGCAGAAACGCUCGAACAUAGUACCGAUAAUCGAAGACGCGCGUCAUCCACAUAAAUACCGUAUGUUAAUUUCGAUGGUGGAUACCAUAUUCGCCGAUGUGGCUCAACCUGAUCAGGCUAGGAUCGUACUUUUAAAUGCCCAAUAUUUUCUCAAGAUCGGAGGUCAUGUUGUCGUUUCAAUUAAGGCAAACUGCAUCGAUUCUACUGCUCCUGCCGAGGCUGUAUUUGCCCAAGAAGUAAAAAAGCUUCAACAAGAACGUGUUAAACCUUUGGAACAAGUAACAUUAGAACCAUAUGAGCGUGAUCAUGCCGUUGUAGUUGGUGCAUAUCGGGUGGAUGCCAUCAAAAGUUGAUCAUUUUUGUAUACGUAAUUUCAUUAUUUUUCAUCAUAUGACCAUGGUCAAUUGUUGGCCUAUGAAUUUAAUUUCAAUAUAUAAUGAAUCUUCAUUAAUUUUAUAUUUGAAUAAACGAUUUUUUCACA